AUGUCGGCCCACCUGCAGGGGAUGGUCCUUCGGAACUGCUCCAGCUUCCUCAUCACGGGCAACAAGCAGAAGUACAGCGCGGAGCCCAACAAUCUCAAGGCCAGAAACUCGUUCCGCUACAACAGUCUGAUCCACCGGAAGACGGUGGGCAUCGAGCAGGCCACCGAUGGCAAGGGCAUCCUGGUGGUGCUGAAGCAGAGGGCCAGUCGGAGGACGCCUGCCACUUCCUACGUGAGGACCACAAUCAACAAAAAUGCCCCAGUCACACUCAACAGCAUCCGGCACAUCAUCCACAACAAUAAAUACCGCAAAGAUCUCCACAUGGAGGCUCUAGGCCAGGCCAGAGCCAUCCUUCGAAGUCAGAAGCCAGAGGUGGUAAAUAAGACGCAAACCACCCACCCAAGCGCAGCUAAGGUGCCAGGCCUGCCUUUGACUAAUAAAGUCAGACUGCCCAAAAAAAAAAAAUCUUGA